CACACCCCGCCUCCCCUUUUCACACCCAUACCCACCGUGCCCUCACCUAACCGCCAAACCCCUUGUUUAUAAACCCCAUUCCUCCUCUCUCUCCAAAACUCCUCACCAUUUCCGUUUAAAUGGACUUCAUUUGACUCCCAUCACUCUGCCAUGGCGGUUUCUGGCUCCAGGUCAGGAAAAAUGUCGGAGCUUCAGCUGACAAAGGGUUGGAGAGAUCAACAAAGGGAAAUUAGCCCUGAGAGAACGAAAGUCUGGAUUGAACCAGCAAACGGCAAGUUGAAGGCUGAUCGCAGAGUGCCUGUUGUGUAUUAUCUCUCCAGAAAUGGGCAGCUUGAGCAUCCCCAUUUCAUGGAGGUUCCUCUCUCUUCUACUCAUGGCCUCUUUCUCGGAGAUGUGAUUAACCGGUUGAAUGUUCUUCGUGGGAAAGGCAUGGCGGCCAUGUAUUCCUGGUCUUGCAAACGGAGCUACAAGAAUGGAUUUGUAUGGCAUGAUUUGUCGGAGAAUGAUUUCAUCUACCCGGCGCACGGCCAUGAGUACGUUCUCAAAGGAUCAGAGCUUCUGGAGAACACGUUUUUGGAAACAGUUACUUCUCUACAGAGGCAGCAGCCACGGGCUCUGCCGGCGCCGGAGACCCAAAUCACCGCCGGGGAUCUGGAUUACCCCCAGACAUCCGACAGACGGCGGCGGAACCAGUCCUGCAGCUCCAUCGACUUCAACCUCCAGGAGUACAGUGUCUACAAGGCAGAGUCCUCCUGCAGAUCCGCCGCCGCUGACGCCUCCACUCAAACUGGAGAAAGCCGUCGCCGCCGCCGCCGCCCACCACCCGAAAUAGUUGAAGAGAAGAGCAAAGAACCGUGUGAAAAGGAACCGCAGCGCGACGAGAUCGAGAUCUCCCCACCACCAUCCGACUCGAGCCCGGAGACUCUUGAAACUUUAAUGAAAGCCGACGGGCGGCUGAUGCUCCACCCGGAGAACGCCAAGGAAGAAUCAACGGCGAGUAGGCAGCAGAUUCAAAGGGCAGGCAAAUCGUCAGUUCUGAUGCAGUUACUCUCAUGCGGGUCGAUGUCGUUCAAGGACUGCGGCGCCGGACAGGGGGGCUUGGGACUGAUAUCGCAGUACAAGAUGAGGGUGCCCCGCGGCGGAGUGAGAGUGGAGGAGAAAGAGUACUUCAGCGGGAGCUUAGUGGAGACAAAGAAAGAGGAAUUUCCGACGUUGAAGAGGUCCACUUCGUACAACGGUGAUAGGUGAGUGUGUGUUUCCGACAUGGUUUGUACGCGAGUGUGAGAUACUACUACUGUUUAUCAUUUGGGCAGAUAGUAAUAGUAAUAGUAACAGUUGUGCUUACUUCAUUCCUGACUUGCACACAGUGUGUCACAUGGCUUUUGAUUCUUAGUACUAGCUACUUUAUUUGUCCACACCCUUUCAUCUACGUGUAUUAUGCUAUGAAAAUACGUUGAUUUCGAACUCCA